AUGCCCAGCAUGGAAAAAAAUCUCUUCAAUCUAAAAUUUGCCGCCAAAGAACUCCAAAGAAAUUCCAAGAAAUGUGACAAAGAGGAAAAACUAGAGAAGGCUAAAGUCAAGAAGGCCAUCCAGAAAGGAAAUAUGGAAGUGGCAAGGAUCCAUGCAGAGAAUGCCAUCAGACAGAAGAACCAGUCAGUGAAUUUCCUGAGGAUGAGCGCCCGGGUAGAUGCAGUUGCAGCGAGGGUCCAAACUGCAGUCACAAUGAACCAGGUCACAAAAUCUAUGGCUGGAGUGGUGAAAGGCAUGGACGCCACUCUGAAGAGUAUGAAUCUGGAGAAGAUUUCAGCUCUCAUGGAUAAAUUUGAACACCAGUUUGAGACUCUGGAUGUUCAAACAGCCCAAAUGGAGGAUACCAUGAGCAGUACAACAACUCUCACAACACCACAGAAUCAAGUGGAGUCAUUGCUGCAUGAAAUGGCUGAUGAAGCAGGGUUGGAUCUGAACAUGGAGCUCCCUCAAGGACAGACCGGAUCAGUGGGUACCAGCGUGGCCUCUGCAGAACAGGAUGAACUGUCUCAAAGACUCGCCAAACUCAGAGAUCAGAUGUAAAGAAUGACUGCAGUCGAAUGACGCUUGAACAGGACUCUGAAUUACCUGUACACUACCUGAAUAUAACUCUCCAACACCUUUUAUCUACAUCAUGUCUUCUUUUGUUUUUACAUCUCAUGUGUCUCCUUUGAGGAGCUGUUGUAUCAUUCUUGGCCCCUGUUGGUGAUGUGUUUAUGAUAACAUCACAUUAUUAAAAUGGUGUAUGUGGUGUGAAAAAUAUAUGUAUUUCUUAAAUAUAUAUAUUUACCAAUAAAGAGGAAGUAAUUUAAGAUUAUUGUUAAGUAUGUAUACUUAAGAAGUCCAUAAAUGGGGGAAACGGGGCGGUUGUUACCCUGUAUUUAUAGGCUAAUUUCAUAUAGAUGUGGUGAAAUGAUUAAAGUUUCAGGGGACAGAUUUCAACAUUUGCUUGUGACUGCAUGAUUGCAGACAGCAUUUAUGGAUUUUUCUCUUCUUGACAUCAAGGUUUGGAAAACCCAGUUAUUGGUGAACUGACUUCCUUUGUUGAUUUAUUAUAUUUUGUUUGUGUGAAGAUCCUGCAAGAUUACCCUGAGUUUUUUCUUGUCUUCAGUAUUCUUACUGAUUGAUUGUGAAGGGGUUCAGAAAUUAAAGAGUAAGUAAACAAUAAAAUUUUAUAAUGCUUGUAUCUCUUUUGCUUUUCAAUUAAACUAAUUCAUCCUC